UUUGCACCGGUUUUGGACCACCAUCCUUGGAACACGUCGAAACGGCGCCGCUUUCUCCUCCCCUAAAUAUCAUCAGUUACACAAAUAGCACUCAGCUCUCCUCUGCUUUCUUGCUCGCGUAGGUCACUUUACAGACACAAGCCCGCUUAAAACGACCAGAGAAGAUUUUAACAGUGCAAGGGAAAAAAAAAUCAGAAAUGGCAAACAAAAACCCCAAAAAGGCCAACCUCUUAGAUCACCACUCUAUUAAGCAUCUUCUUGACGAGUCCGUAUCCGAAAUCGUUAGCGGUAGGAGAUAUGUGGAGGACGUGCGGAUGAGCAACGUGCGACUUUUGAUGGGAGCGAUCGUCAUAGUCAUCGCUCUCGUCGCGCAGUUUUACAAGAAGAAGUUCCCUGAGAACCGGGAUUUUUUGAUCGGCUGUAUCGUAUUGUAUAUAGUUUUUAAUGGACUAUUGCAGCUGAUCAUAUACAAAAAAGAAAAGAAUGCAAUCUUGUUCACUUAUCCUCCCGAGGUGAGUUUCUCUGUUUUUUAAUCAAACACUUUGGUACAGUAGCUACAAUUUUGCAGUAUAACAUAUUGACUUUUUCUUUAUCCCUGUUUCAAUGUGGCUGUGCUGUUGUAUUCAUGGUUUCUUAAUCUGAGAUAGUACAGGAAUGCUCUGUAUGUAUUAGAAUGUUAAAAAUAAGUGGGAUACUUGGAGAUGAAACUAUAUACCAUAAGCAUGAAUUCAGAUCUCAGGGUUACGGG